GAGGGCUGAGAGAGGCUCUUCCCGUAACGGAGCCAGGGCUUGUCUUCGCUCCACGCAUGAGGGAGGUCCGUGGCGGCUGCAGGCAUCCCCUGGGCUCGGCGGUUGCGGGAGGAGACCCGGGGACUCGAGGCCGCCGCCCUCACACAGUUCCUUCGAACUCCAGAAACCGAUCGUCCCGGCACCACCGUCGCUUACUGUUGAAUUUAACACAUUUUAUGACGCGCCAGCUUUUUCAGCUUUCAAGAGGUUUCUGCUUAACGACAGCAUAAAAGCUGCUGGUUUGACUUGAGCAAAAAUUACUGAGGUACUUAGCGGGAUGAAGAUGCUGCGCUGAAGUGAUGAAAGCGUUGGCCUGGAUGAGACUUCAGGGAUCAUAGACAGCCUUUUCCUCUGCAGGAGAAAUAGUUUACCUGGAGAUACUUAUUUAGAUUAUUUACCAACUACCUACUGAAGAUUUUGUCUCUUCCCAAGAAUUCCGGAACCUUCCCCAUGAAAACUGGUUUGAUACAGUUGUGGCACAUAUCAUCAUAUUUUAUCCUGUGCAGGAAAACGUGGAUGAACGAUGAAUCACUUCAUGGCUCUGGCAGUACUGCUUACCCUGAAGACGUACCACACUAUGUACUCACAGAGAGAACCCUUUUUGUUUCCAGUACUGUACCUUAACCUUUCCAAGGAUUUGGCUCUUCAGCAGCUGCUGGUGGAAUGGGAUGUUGACAAGUCAGCGCAUGAUGCUGAGCUGGCAAUGUCUUUUGAAAUACAAGUCCGUCAAGCAGAUGAAACUGCUCCUGUGUGGAUAGAGUUUCAUAAUGUCACACUUGAUAAAUCAAGAAAGCCUCUUCAUUGGAUAUGGGAUUCAGAUAUACCUCUGGAGUGUAUGUCACACUCAGUGAGAAUCAGGAGCAAAGCAGAAGCAUCAAAAGACUGGAGUCAGUGGAGUCUGUGGGAGACUGUCCUGGGUCUGGACACUUCAAAUAACAGUGGACCGCAGAUCUUUCCAGAAGAAAAGGUUGUAGAGGAAGGCUCUGACAUCACUCUUUGUUGCAUUGGAAGGAAAGGCCAAAUCAUUAAGGAAUUCUUUCUAGACCCGGGUGUUCAUAUUUUCAAUCGCACAAACAGUCAAGUUGGACUUCUCACUGUGAAAAAUGUGGCACAUCAAGAAGCGCCUCACAUCAAUGUCUACUGUCGAGAGUCUUGCAAUGAAAACCAAUGCUAUAAUUAUUCAACGUUCUUUGUGGGUAAACCACCUGAUACACCUCAUGAUUUUUGCUGCCAAACUCAAGACAUGAGAACAAUAACAUGUACUUGGAGCCAGGGAGGAGACACUUAUCUUCAUGGACGCUACUCGCCAAAAUACACCGUGUCUGAAGAGUUUUCCCGAAAAACAGUUCUGUGCACAGUAAGUUGUCUUAAGCAGUGCUCCUGUUCUUGGGAUAUAGAUCAGCAGAAGAUCUAUAAUGUCACAGUGACUGUGGAAAACCCACUCGGAAAGAAAACUGCCAUGGAUGUCUUCAAUAUAACUCACAGAAUUUAUCCUGCUGCACCUUUCCAGCUGUGGGACGCAUGCACAGAUACAGAAAUCACAUUAUACUGGAAAUGUCGAAACAGAGAAAUUGAGCUCUUUUGUCAGACUGAAGUGCUGCAGCCUGAUGGCAAAGUAGAACUGCAUAAUAGUUCAGAGGUGCAUCUUCAUUUUAGCAAGGUCACCCUGUCUGGACUGCAGCCAUACACCGACUACACAGUGAGGGUGCACUGUGCGGCAGCUGGGCAUUUCUGGAGGUGGAGUGAAUGGAGUGAAGUCCAAACUAUCAGAACAAGGGAAGCAGCUCCAUCAGGAAAACUGGACAUCUGGAGAGAAAUUACACCAGUUUGGGGAGGGCAGAAUGUGACCUUGUUCUGGAAGCAUGCACCAAGUUUUCGAGCAAAUGGAGGAAGUAUUUCCUAUGAAGUAACCUGGGAAAAAGCAGAAGAUGGCUCUGAGCCUGAAAGCGUCUCUUUGUCAUCAGUCUACAAUAGCACCAGGAUUUCCAUUGGUACCCAUUCCUACAGAAUCAGUAUCAUGGCAAAGAACAAUGUUAAUUAUUCACUUCCAUCAAUAUUGAUCAUCCCUAGAGCUACAGGCAUCAAAGAGCUUGAAGAAGGACAAGUUAAUGGAACAGAUGAUGGCAUUUUUAUUACCUGGGAGCCUAAACCUGUCUAUGACAGUUACAUUAUUGAUUGGUGUAACUUUCCAAUGUUGCAGCUUUGUGAUUUGCAGUGGAAGAGAUUUGAGCCCAACACUUCCAGUGCUCUGAUCAACUCAGCUGCUUUUAUUCCAGGCGUGAGAUACAGCUUCCGUGUCUAUGGAUCUGUUGCUAAUAGAGCCUCCUUACUGGAGAAGAAGACUGGUUAUCUCAGGGAGCUACCUCCUCUACUUGACCCUACUGUGGAAAAAGUUGGACUGACUUCCAAUGCAGUAACACUGUCUUGGGAUUCAUAUCCCACAAAUGAGUCACAGUCUGGUUUUGUAAGAGGCUACCAUGUUUAUAUGUCGCCUGUACAAGAGGACUGCAGUUUGAAAGGGUCCAAAAAACACGUUCUGCCAGAUAAUUCAGUGCUAUGUAAAUACACAAUUGACAACCCAGAAGAGAAGAGAUACACUGUGAAACACCUGUUGUCAAACACAAAAUACAAACUAGUGGUUAAGGCAUAUACAGGUGGAGGAGAGACUCCCAUUGUUAACUUCAUAUACGUAGAUACACCAUUUAACUCAAACUUGCUGUACCUUCUAGUCCUACUAGUGAUAGUUCCUUCACUAGUAGCAGCUCUGUGCCUCUGGAAGAUGAAGUGGGUGAAGGAGUGCUGCUGCCCUGCAAUACCUACUCCUAACAAGAGCAAAGUGCUGUCGUUCAAAGAGUUUAAGAUUGGUUCUGAGAAAGUGCUGAAAGUAAGUGACUGUGUUCCUGACAUGCUCGCAGUGGACAAGAAGAAGGGAGAAGCCCAGAAAUUACAUCUGUGGAGCCAGUUGUCUUCAGUGCCAACAGAAGAGAAGACCAGGGGUCCCUGGAUUUACCCAAGUGAAAACGAAGGUAGAGAUUUUACACCUAUGCCUACAUGUCAGGCUCUUACUUGGUUUGAAAAUUUUGCUUAUUCUUCACACCUUGCAGUUGAAUCUGAUCCCUGUCAGAUAGCAGAGACAGUAGAACCUGGCAUGUCGGAACUGUCAGUAGCACUGUACCAGCCACGCUACUGCCUCGAUACUCUUCAUGAAGCUGCUGCCACAUCACCCAGAGAAACUGCUUGCAGAAAGACCAGUCUGAGAUAUGUUUCACAAACAGAUGUGCACUGCCUAGGGAGGAGGCAUUGAGUCUGUCCAGUGUUUGAUUACACAGUAUAAAUAAGAAUUUCUGAAACCACAACUUCUUUUGACAAAGGCUUCCACAAGUCCAGCUGCCCUACUUCUGUUAAGGCUGCAGAGCUCUUGCUUCACGACCAGUUUAAAAAUACUGACGUGUGCACUGAAAUGGUGCCUGCCAUGGUUUCAUCACAAGUUAUGGGCAUUAGUAGGACAUACAGGCUGCUUUCAGGCCUGUAUGGUGCAGGUUAGACUACCAGAAUUUCACAGAGCCUGAUGCAAAGAACUACUACAUUGUGGAGAGAUGAAAGAUAUAUUCAGAAAGUAGAAGAGCAAGUUAAACAACAGGUAGGUUGUUGUGCCACAGGAGUGUGUUGCACUGCAGUAUUCUGUGUGCUGUGGCUGCCCUUGGCCCACGGGCACUGUGCACAGAGCUGUACUCUGCUGCAGGGUCUGCCUCAACUCAGGAAUGUCCUGAGGGAUUUGGGGAGUGGGGUGGGGCAGGUUGGCAGUAUUAUGUUUUCUCUCUCUGCCAUGAGAACACAUACUGGCAUUCUGCCUGACAUGGUACUGAAAGAUGGGAAGGUACCUUGCCUCCUGUGUGCGCCUGUGAAACAUAGAAGUCACCCUGCUUUUACUCCACCUGUGUUCUAACAGCACUUGGUGCAUGAAAUUGCAGACCAAGCAGGGUUUUAGUGUACAGCCUCCUUAGUGAGAUGCUGCUUCCAUUUCUGGUAACUGGGGCUGCUCAGGCUUCUGCCUUCUCUGCUUAGAAGAGUGACCUUUUAAAAUCCUAAACAAAAUCCCCUUAACUAAACAAAGAAUUUUUGGAGUUAGGGUUUUUUUCUAAGAGAACAGCUGUUUGCAGAGGUGUUACCCUGUAUGGACUGAUCUCUCUGCUUAUACUCAUGCACUCACCUUCUUCUAGCAUUAACCCCUGGACUUACACUACAAGCCCCAAACAUCCAAAUAAGCAGACAACAGCAGGCAGAUGUGUAGGGGCACGAAUCCUGUUUGUGAAGAACAUCAUAUUCACACACACACGGAAACAAAAGGCUUUUUUUUACUUGUAAGGCUCAGAACAACUACAGUAGGCUGCCAUGAGAGUUUGGUCUUGCAUUUAGAUUUUUAAAAACCACACAUUUGUAGUGAAGCAGAACAGUUUGAAUUGUAUCUGAGAGUCUCACCAGAUUAACCUCUUCUUCAGUGCACAAGGAACCCUUUGGUAUCUCCUAAUCACAGUGCUGACAGGAAUCAUUCACAGGAAUGCAACUUAAAGAGUGUGGAAUAAGCAGUUCUUAAAUUGGGCGGGGGGUGGGGGGGAAGUGCAUGCUGUGCUGUGUCUAUGGGCUGCUCACAAGCAGAUUGACUUGGUAAGUAGGGGGAAAAAAACCCCAGUGUUACCCUUCCUCAACAGCAUUCAGAUGGUGGAGUAAGGAAAUACGUCUGGUCAGGUGUAGCUGAGCUGCAGCUCAGGAGAGAAGUGGGAAAUGAGGUGGAUGCUGCUUGGUGGAGACAUUCCCGAGAAACUUUCCUCCCUUUUUGUCACUUUGCUUGUGUUACAGUGAAAGUUUGUUACCACUUGUGCUAAUACUUUAGGACAGAGUGUUUCAUCACAGCAUAUGAACUUGCAUAGUUAAAAGCUUUCUUGAUGGAAAUAGAGCCAAUAAAUAGAAGGGUGCUGAUUUUCCACGACCAAAACAAAACUUCCUACUGUUUCAAAAAGACUUGUUUACAUAAAAAGGUGUGAAACACAUCCUAUACCUAUACCUUAGAAACACAUCUAAGGAACUCUGCCAUGGAGUCAGUCAGAAAAUCUGGCCUAUUUAACGAAACAUUUUGAAUUGCAACAGGCAGCAGUUCCUUAUGCCAGAGGACAGCUGUAACAAAGUCCCAAUUCCUGAUGCUGGAAAAGCUGCUGUCG